UUUCAGAAGGGGAAAGAAAGAAAGGGUGUUUCUCUUUGGCGCCCGGUUCUUUUAAGUGAGAAAGAAGUCCGUCGAAGCUGUCACUUCAUUCUUGACCAGCAGCGUCUGGGUGGAUUCAAUUGGAGCACCCUUUUGGCCUGACAAAUCCUAGAAGCGCUUCUUGAUUCAUGUCUCAACAUGGCGAACCGAAAACGAGACUCAGCGACAGCGAUUAGCCCCGGUGAUGUUUUCCAAACACCGGGGAAGAGAGUGUCAGUGGAUCGGACGCCAAACUCGGACUUCUCCCGAUGGGGAAUUGAAGAAACGUGCCAGUUCUUGCGAGGAGAAGGCCUUGCUGAGUGGGAAACUGUAUUUCGAGAACAUAAAAUCAAUGGUGCCGUGCUGCGAUAUCUCAAGAAGGAUGACCUGGAAAAGAUAGGCAUUAAGCCUCUUGGUGACCGAAUGCGGAUCCUCCACAGUCUGAGGAAGCUAUGGCACAUAGAAGAGGGUCCUCAAACAAAUAAGGUGUUUAAUGACCCCAUCCACGGGCAUGUGGAGCUGCAUCCACUUCUUGUCAAAAUCAUCGACACACCUCAGUUCCAGAGACUUCGAAAUAUCAAACAAUUGGGAGGGACGUACUUUGUUUUUCCUGGAGCAUCCCACAACCGUUUUGAGCACUCCAUCGGAGUGGGUUACCUGGCAGGACAACUUGUGAAGGCACUAAAUGAGAGGCAGCCAGAGCUUCUCAUUUCUCGGAGAGACAUCCUUUGUGUGCAGAUUGCUGGACUCUGUCACGAUUUGGGACAUGGGCCUUUUUCGCACAUGUUUGAUGCCAAAUUCAUCCCCAAAGCACGCCCAAAUAUUUCUUGGAAGCAUGAAAACGCAUCGCUUAGCAUGUUUGACUUCCUGGUGAAGAAAAAUGACUUGAAGCCACUGAUGGAACAAUAUGGCCUGGUCCUGCCUGAGGACCUGCACUUCAUCAAGGAGCUGAUUGCAGGACCUCUGGACGCAAAUGCAGCCUUCCAGGUAAUGCACACUGUCCAUAUCAUCAUGUGCGAUUCAGAUUUGAUGCUCCUCUUGUGCUGUCCAUCUUCACAGUGGCCCUAUGUAGGCCGUUCAAAGGACAAGUCCUUUCUCUAUGAAAUUGUGGCCAACAAGCGAAAUGGCAUUGACAUGGACAAGUGGGACUACUUUGCCAGGGACUGCUACAACCUAGGUAUUCAGAACAACUCGGACUAUCGUCGCUACCUGAAGUUUGCGCGAGUGUGUGAGGUGGAUGGGGAGAAGCUCAUCUGCACUCGUGAUAAGGAAGUGGGCAAUCUGUAUGAUAUGUUCUACACGCGUAACUGUCUCCACAAGAGAGCCUACCAACACAGGGUGGGCAACAUCAUAGAAACCAUGAUCACCGAGGCCUUUUUGAAGGCCGAUAAGCACUUUCGGGUCCAAGGCUCAGAGGGCAAGAUGUUCACGCUCUCCGCAGCAAUCGAUGACAUGGAGGCCUACACCAAGCUGACAGAUAGUGUGUUUGAACAAAUUCUCCACUCACCAAACCCUGAUCUGGCUGAGGCGCAGAAGAUUCUACAGAACAUUCUUCUAAGGCGCCUCUACAAGUGUUUGGGUCAAACCCAAGCUGACAAAUCCCUGAAAGUCACUCAGGAAAUGCUCCAUGCCUGGGAGGCGGAGUUGGCUCGAUCAGUCCCUCAGAGGGGCGCGGUGGGUGUCACUCUACUGCCUGAAGACUUUGUUGUGAGCGUCAUCCAAAUGGAUUACGGAAUGAAAUGGGAGAACCCCAUUGACAAUAUGCGUUUCUAUUGCAAGACUGACCCCACCAAAGCCAUUUCCAUAAAGAAGCAUCAGGUGUCCAAACUUCUGCCCGAGCACUUUGCAGAGCAACUGAUCCGAGUUCACUAUAAGAAGAUGGAUGAUGAGGGCCUGUUUGCAGCCAAGAAGCAUUUUGUGCAGUGGUGCAUGAACAACAACUUCACAAAACCUCAGGAUGGAGACAUAAUUGCACCCGAGCUGACUCCCCUGAAAGAAAGCUGGCUGUGCGGAAAAGAAGACAGGGAUGAUGACGAUGAUGAAAAUUUGGGCUGUAGAAAUUUGAACCAAAAGGCAGUCAAGUCUCUUUUUUAGAACUAGGUCCACUAUUGUUGUUUGUAACUUUGAGAUAAUGAUGAGCCAUUUUUUAUUCAAUGUGAUGAAGUCAAUUCAGAAUCGAACAGCAAAGACAUAUUUUUCCAAAGCGGAUUUCAUUUUGUUGUACUCAAGGUUUUACUCAAAUUAGAACCUCGGCUACAGCUGGGCUGUAAUUGUAUUCUUUUAACCGGUAUUUUAUUCUCUUAGGAUCAGUGGCAGUGUCGCACAAUCAUGUAUUUACAACAUAAACAACCAUACAGUGAA